CCAUAAUCAUUAGGAAACUGUUCCAAAAAAUAUUCAACAAAUAAUUCUUCGAUAAACUUUCCGCAGAGUGCCAGUUGAAGAGCUGACGUCAGCUGCCAGAGCCGCACGGGUAACAAGGGCAACAAGGGCAACAAUAAUGUGCAACUAGUGGCGGAAGUCUUCAUCAUCUGGAUCUGGAACUUUUGAUAACAACAGGCUAACAACAGCAGCAGCUGCACACAUUCUGUAUUCUGGUUGAGGGAACAUGAAUCUCGAAUCAUUAUUUCGUGACUUUAAUCCAUGUAAAUUCAUAGUGCACUGCAGCCUAUUCACAUUCGUAACGCUUUUUGCGUUGCGUCUCGAUGGUUACAUUGAUUGGCCGUAUUGGGCAAUUUUUACACCGUUGUGGAUUUGGAAAUGCACUGCCAUAUUGGGUGCCAUAGUGGGUGCCAUUGUCUGGUGCCGCUAUCCGCACUAUCGCCUUGAAGGCGACUCCUACACACAGUUCAAGGCGAUGCUCAUAUCGUUGUCACUGCAUCUGAUAUUGCUAAUGUUCGAGCUGUUGGCUUGCGACAAGCUUACGUCGGAGCGGCAUCUGUGGGUGCUCGUCUUUAUACCGCUCAUCUUUGGGUCUGUGGUCAGUGUCGGUGCCUGUGUGUGGGCUGUUAAGCAUGAUCGCUCCUUCGAGCUGGAGCUGUUUUUAGCUGUUAAUGCGUUGCAAUUUGUAUCAUUGCCGCUUAAGCUGGACAAGUUUGUCUACUGGAACUGGGAUGUGGUGUUUGUGCCCAUGUGGAUUGUCAUUUGUUUGAGCUUAGUUAGCGUACUUUAUAAUAUCAUAUUCUGUGGCAUUAUGAUGCGCACACCGGAAGUGACGCUGCAGCAGAAGAAAGCUGCACUUAAUGCAGCCGUUGGCAAUAUUUGCACCGUUCUUCCGUUGCUCUGCUUUCAGGUGGUUAUCUGCGACAAACUGGAUGGCGAAAUCAAGUUUCCGUACAUUGUGGUCUUUGCCCCGCUGCUGGUCUCCAUACUCGCGCUCAUUAUUUUAAGCUUUACCGCCAAAGGCGGCAACAUGUGGUGGUUUGGUAUUCGUAAAUCGUUUAGCCAGUUUCUGCUUUCGGCCAUGCCGUUCCUGCAGGAGUACGGCAACAUUAGCUAUCAUGCGGAGACGCAAAGCCAUGCGGGUCAAUCAGUGCCACUGGACGCAUCCUCAUCAUCGACCAGCAACAUGGCUGCCACAGAGGCGAUGCACGAGUUUAGCAAGCACGACAAGAAGAGCAAGAAAGCGGCCAAGAAUGAUAUUUUAAAGCCGGUGGUGCCAUUCAUCAGCAUUGAUUUACCUGAUUAGAUGAAUCGUAAUGAUUAACGCCGCACAACAACAAUUAACAAUAGUUAACAUUGCUAGCAAUGUUAUCACAUACACCACAAAUAUAUAUAUAUUUAUAUAUAUGCAUACAUAUAUAUAUAUAUCUAUAUCUAUAUAUGUAUGUAUUUGUAUAUUUAUAUACGCCUACUGUUAGGUGAUUAGCUGUAGGCAUUCGCAUACACACAAACUUAUCUUUACUUAUAUAAACAUUGGCCGUAGCUAAUUCGAACUGAAUUUAAUUUGUAAGUCCUUCCUAUCGCCCGCCCGCUCCCAAGUCUCCUCCAUCCACAUAUGUAUAUAUAUAUAUAUGAGUGGGGGUGGAGUAGAUCCAAGAUCGGCUAUGUGUAAAUAUAUUUAUAUAUAUAUAUUAUAUAUAUGUAAUGAAAUAUAUAAAUAUAUGCACUAUAUGCACGCAUAUAAUAACUGUAUAUGUAUAUAUUUGGCCCGUAUUAUUUUUAAGCAGCUUUUCUAUUCAAAAUGCAAUCAAUUUAGUUAUGAAAUACAUCUAUAUAGUUUUUGCUUUUCGAAUAAAACGAACGUAUUUCAAAUCAGGCAA